AAGGAAUCAAAACGAGAGAAUUGGGUGUCGGAGCCCCAUUGGUGGCUAGGUUGCCAUCAACCCAAUGUAAUCAAACUUCUGUUUAUUUCAUUAAAAAAUAAAUUUAAUUUUAUUAUUAUCAUGAUGUUGUUGUCUAGGAAUCAAAAGAUUAACCCUAGAAAUCAAACCUUGUUCACUAUCAUUUUCAUCAAAGAGGAAAUAUCAUCCUAGUACAUUUCUUCUUCGUUCAGCUUUAUCUUCAGAUCGAUUAACUUUUGAGGGCACCAUGGACAACUUGGCAGUCAGGGAGGGUACUUGAACUGACCUCAAGAAUUAGAGGAUAUGGAUGGUGGUGUAACUCCAAGUUUGUUUCCACUACACCGUUGUAAAACUUUGCAUCUGGUUAGGCAUGCACAAGGAGUUCAUAAUGUAGAAGCUGAAAAGAAUUACAACGCAUAUCUAUCUUACUCACUUUUUGAUGCACCUCUUACUCCUCUAGGUUGGAAACAGGUUGAUAAUUUGCGCAACCAUGUUCAUGACUCUGGCUUUAUUAAGAAGAUUGAGCUGGUAAUCGUAUCCCCUAUGCUGAGGACAAUGCAGACAGCAGUUGGAGUAUUUGGUAGCGGUGGAUAUACAGAUGGAAUGGAUAUACUCCCUCUGAUGGUGGCAAAUGCAGGAAAUAAUGGCCGUUCUGCAUAUUCAAGCUUAAAUUGCCCACCGUUUGUAGCAGUGGAGCUGUGCCGAGAACUUUUGGGACUUCGUCCAUGUGAUAAGAGGAGAAGCGUCAGCGAAUACGUGCCCCUUUUUCCUGCAAUUGAUUUUUCGUUGAUGGAAAGUGAUGAAGACACUUGGUGGAAAACCGAUGUAAGAGAGCCAAGCGAGGGUGUGUCAGCUAGGGGGAUUGAGUUUUUGAACUGGAUAUGGACGAGGAAGGAGAAAGAAAUUGCAGUGGUUACACAUGGUGGAUUCUUGUUUCAUACCCUAAAGUCAUUUGAAGGUAGCUAUCAUCCAUUGACGAAGGAUGAAGUCUGCAAGCACUUUGCCAAUUGUGAACUUCGGUCAAUGGUGAUCGUUGAUAGAGGUAUGAUGGGAUUGGAUCCUUCAGUUAUGAACUAUCCAGGCAAGAUUCCUCAAGGUCCUGAUCUUCCAAGUGCAGCAGUGAAACCACCACCCAAUUCAUCAUCUUAGACGAAUGUGGGUAAGUGGAAAUUGAACCCAAUACACUCUAAUAUACUAUAUGAAUGUGCCAUGUAUUAAUUGCCAUUUCACUUUAGGUCAUUGUUUUUCUGUAAUAGUAGUUUGCAUUGGGCAGUUCAAAAGAAUCUUCUUACAUGAGACAAACUAUUCUGAAUUUUUAUUGAUAUGUGAUCAAAUGCAGUCUGACAAUCAAACUUAAUCUAACUCAUUAGUAGUGAAUCCUUCGAGAAUCA